AUAAAUAUUUGACAAGUUGGUCCCAAAUUUUCUGCUUCAUUAUCUUUCACAUAUCUUCCACUGUUUUUAGUUAUAUUUCAUACAAAUUUUCAAGUAUUCUAAGGUGGCUGAAGACAACAGGCAAAUUAACAACGAUAUGGUGACUACCACUCAUUCAUAUGGAUUUCUCAUUCUUUCAAUAGUUACUCUUGUUCUAAUGCUAGUCAGCUCUACCCAAAGCCUACGGCCAUAUCAUUUUACCUACCAUCGGAAAGGAACAAAUAUGGAAAAUCAAAUUAAGGAAGAAAGAAAAGGGGAGUUAGGAAUGGAGUUGUAUCCAACAGGAUCAAGCUUACCAGAUUGUUCCCAUGCAUGUGGACCUUGUUUUCCUUGUAAGAGAGUUAUGGUGAGCUUCGAAUGCUCCAUUGCAGAGUCUUGCCCCAUUGUUUACAGGUGUAUGUGUAGAGGCAAAUACUACCAUGUCCCUUCCAAUUGAUCCAUCUUCAUGUUGCCACUCAAAAUUCCAUUUUUUUCAUCUAGUGUAAUGCUUAUUAUGGAGUAGUAUUAUGCCUUUUGGGUUAUGGCUGGUUUCGUUCUUGAGAAUAGAGAGGCCAAUAGAUGUAGUAGGGUUUUUUUUUUUGGUUGAAGCAGAAAGAAUUAAGAUUUUGUUUGUGGUAAUUGUGUAAAUAGGAGGAGUUAGUGAUGUUGUAAGAGUUUUGUAAGAAUGUUCUCUUGCUUUUUCGCA